GUCAUGACGCACAGGCAGCAACAGGCUGCUACGGUGCGCGAGAUGAAUCUUUUUAAGGCGGAAUGAAAACUCGGCGGUUUGACCGCAGCGUCGGAUUAACUUCGUCACAAGCUCCGGGGCUCGAUCAUGGCCCGUGACAACGCGUGGUGUGCUCCAGCCGAAGACGAUGGAGCAGAGAGUGACCAGCAGCAGCAGCAGCAGCCUCUCAUUCUGGAGCGAGUGGAGAAAGAGGCGGGGAAAGACUGUCGUAGCGCCGCCCUGCACCGGCUGAGGAAACACUGCUCGUGCACAUCGGAGAAGGCCAAAUCCAAAGUGCUGGACUUCUUCCCGAUUGUGCGGUGGCUGCCGCGCUACCAGCUCCGGGACUGGAUUCUGGGCGACGCCAUGUCGGGACUCAUAGUCGGAAUCCUGCUGGUGCCCCAGUCCAUAGCGUACUCCCUGUUGGCCAGUCAGGACCCCAUAUAUGGUCUGUACACCUCCUUCUUCUCCGCCAUCAUCUACGCUGUCCUGGGCACCUCCAGACACAUCUCGGUGGGGAUCUUCGGGGUGCUCUGCCUGCUCGUGGGCCAGGUGGUGGACCGGGAGCUGGCGCUGGCAGGAUACCUCACAGAGAGCGGUAUCGGCAGCGGCAUCAGUAGCAACGACAGCGCCGUCCUGCUGGCGGGCCAGGGGAACGGCAGCGUGGUGUUGGUAUGUGACAGAAGCUGCUACGCCAUUACAGUGGGAGCCACGGUUACCUUUACUGCCGGGGUUUACCAGGUGCUCAUGGGCCUCUUCCAGGUCGGCUUCGUCUCCGUCUACCUCUCGGACUCCCUCCUCAGCGGCUUCGCCACGGGAGCCUCCCUCACCAUCCUCACGUCGCAGGUCAAGUACCUUCUGGGUCUGAAGCUGCCCCGACCCCAGGGCUGGUUCACCCUGUGCAAGACGUGGUACAGCCUCCUCGUCAACCUGGGGAGCACCAACGUUUGCGAUCUGGUCACGAGUCUGGUGUGUCUGCUCGUACUGAUACCCACCAAGGAGCUCAACGAUCGCUUCAAAGCCAAACUAAAGGCCCCGAUCCCCUUCGAGCUCUUCGUGGUGAUAAUCGCCACCCUGGCGUCUCACUUCGGCCACUUCGACACCGCCUACGGGUCGAGCGUGGCCGGCGUCAUCCCCACGGGCUUCCUCGCGCCCCAGUUGCCCUUGUGGUCGCUGAUUCCCAACGUGGCCGUCGACGCCUUCUCCAUCGCCAUCGUCGGCUUCGCCAUCACUGUCUCGCUGUCGGAGAUGUUCGCCAAGAAGCACGGCUACGCGGUGGACGCCAACCAGGAGAUGUACGCCAUCGGCUUCUGCAACAUCCUGCCGUCGUUUUUCCGCUGCUUCACCACCAGCGCGGCUCUGACCAAGACCCUCGUAAAGGAGUCGACGGGGUGCCAGACGCAGGUGUCGGGGCUGGUCAGCGCCCUCGUCCUGCUGCUGGUGCUGCUGGUGAUUGCUCCGCUCUUCUACUCCCUUCAGAAGUGCGUACUCGCCGUCAUCAUCGUGGUCAACCUCCGCGGCGCCCUGCGGAAGUUCGCCGACGUCCCCCGCAUGUGGCGCGUCAACCGCGUGGACGCCUCCAUCUGGCUAGUCACCAUGGCGACCUCGUCGCUGGUCAACACGGAGCUGGGUCUCCUCGUGGGGGUCCUGGCGUCCGCCUUCUGCGUCCUCGGCCGAACGCAGCGGGUCCGGGUGUGUGAGCUGGGCCGGGCCGCUGCCAGGGAGCACUACGAGGACCUGACGUCGUACCGCGGCCUGCGCACGCACCCGGGCGUGGCCGUCUUCAGGUACGAGGCUCCGAUCUACUACGCCAACCAGAGCUUGUUCAAAAAGUCCCUGUAUGAUCGCGUGGGACUUGACCCGGUGAAAGAGAAAACGCGGCGCUUAAAGUUCAAGAAGAAGACGAGCGAACAGGAGGAGGAGGUCGCGGACGUCACGUAUAGGAAGCCGGAGAAGGACGAAGCUACCGCGGCCGCCACCGUGACGCUCGACGAGAAAUCCCGCCGCAGCGUUCGCAGCGUGGUGAUAGACUGCAGCGCCAUCUUGUUCCUCGACACCGCCGGAGUGAACGCUCUGAAGGAGGUCCGCAAAGACUACGAGGACCUGGGGGUCACGGUCGUCCUGGCCCAGUGUCACACCUCAGUGCGGGAAGCUCUGGAGAGAGGGGGCUACUGUCCCGACGCCGGAGAGGACCACGGAGGGGAGAGGAGACUGGUCUUCUUCACCAUCGCAGACGCCGUCCGCUACGUCCAAAACCUCUCCGCUGCCAACGGAGAUUGCGACACCAAAUGCUAAAAAAAGAAAAGAAAAGAUAAAUCUGUCCAAGUAUCUUUGUUUACACGAUAACUGACACAUCGUUGCCUUUGUGCCUUGUCGAGAUACAGUCGUAGCAUCAGUUACGUAGAAUAGAUGCAGGAUAAAUGACUUGCAGGAGACAAUCUCUUUAUUUAAAUCUGGUUCAGCAAGUGAACUUAAGCCAAAGUACCUUUUUUAAAACUUCACUUUAAACAUAAUCGUCUCUGUUUUUUGCACAGACGCCCAAGUGCCUUUGGGAACAGUCACCCGGCAACACAACGAAUUAAUUAAUUUAAUCUCCUAAUUCUAUUUAAAGUAAUGAUCCUGAUUUAAAAAAAAAAAAAAUGUAUUUAACUAUUCAUGUUAUCACAAAUGAGUCACACGCUGAGCGGUUGCAGACUCCAAGUUAACG